UCGCGAACUCCGUCGGGCGCCGCUCGUUGGUCACUGGAAAGUUGGCUUCGGUGAGAAGAUCAACUCAAUUAUGCAAGUUUCACAAACUUGAAUGCUUUACUUUUGACCGACUCUUGAUGUUUGGUUUAAAAAUCAGGGGUUUAUACUCUUAGCUCCCUGUAUUGUGGUGUACGAUGGCAUUGACAGCACUUACAACUGUGUCUAUUGGAUCAGUUUGUGCUCAACCUAGGUUGGGAGCAAGACCCAAGGCCUCUGGCUUUGGUUUUACUUGCUCAAAGUCCUUCAAUGUUUUCAGUGGCCUAAAGGCAGCAUCCUCAGUUGGCAUUGAAGCAGAUACAUCCUUUUUGGGCAAGGAGGACAAUGCUUCUCUCCAGGCAUCUUUUGUUCCAAAGAUUAAACCAAAACAAGUUUUUCUAAAUCAACUCCACCCCCAUGCAUCCUCGUUUAAGGUGGCUGUCCUUGGGGCUGCUGGUGGGAUUGGCCAACCUCUAGGACUUCUGAUUAAGAUGUCUCCUCUGGUCUCAGCACUGCAUCUUUAUGAUAUUGCGAAUGUUAAAGGAGUAGCUGCAGAUCUCAGCCAUUGCAAUAGUCCUGCUCAAGUUUUGGAUUUCACUGGACAAUCAGAAUUAGCCAAAUGUCUGAAAGGAGUUGAUGUUGUUGUCAUUCCCGCAGGAGUCCCAAGGAAGCCAGGCAUGACACGGGAUGAUUUAUUCAACAUCAAUGCUGGCAUUGUGAAGACCCUGAUUGAGGCUGUUGCAGACAAUUGUCCUGAUGCCUUCAUCCACAUCAUCAGCAACCCAGUAAACUCCACUGUUCCCAUAGCUGCAGAGGUACUCAAGCAAAAGGGAGUCUAUGAUCCUAAGAAGCUUUUUGGUGUGACCACCCUUGAUGUUGUUAGAGCUAACACUUUUGUUGCUCAAAAGAAGAACCUAAAGCUUGUCGACGUGGAUGCACCAGUUGUAGGGGGUCAUGCUGGCAUUACUAUUUUACCAUUGUUGUCGAAGACAAGGCCAUCGACAACAUUUACGGAUGUUGAGGUUGAAGAGCUGACUCUAAGAAUACAGAAUGCUGGCACAGAGGUUGUCGAGGCAAAAGCCGGUGCUGGAUCCGCAACCCUGUCCAUGGCCUAUGCAGCAGCACGGUUUGUUGAAGCGUCACUUCAUGCUCUCGACGGCGACGGGGAUGUUUAUGAGUGCUCCUUUGUAGAGUCUGAUCUAACUGAGCUGCCUUUCUUUGCAUCAAGAGUCAAGAUCGGAAAGAAAGGUAUAGAAGCCAUUGUAUCUUCUGAUCUCCAGGGUCUGACAGAGUAUGAGACCAAGGCACUGGAAGCAUUAAAGCCAGAGUUGCAGGCUAGCAUUGAGAAGGGCAUGGCAUUUGUUCACAAGCAGGCGGUAAAUGCUGAAUCUGCUUAAGUUUUGAUAUUGUAUCUUUUUUUUUUAUCAGUAGUCUUGCAAGAACAGAAUAAAAACAGGGAUGGUCAAGGCCGUCCAGUUUGAUGCUAAAGCAGGUUUCCAUGUUCUAAGCUCGAGAAGUUAUGCCCUUGAGGAGAUUCGAGAGAAGUUAAGCUGUUUUCAGCAAUAUUAGAGGGAAGAGAGGACUGAGCAAUGACCCCAAGGAAGGACGGUUCUUUCGGCAACUGCAUUGGGUAUUUUCUUAUCCAUCAACUGAUAUUGUUUUCUUGUUUAGUUUUAUUUUUGCUGUUUAGCCAUGUUGUUUAACCUUUCAAAUAGAGAUCAUGAACCUUGUAUGAUUCAAGAGAACAAGGUUUCUCGAAAUUGACUUGUCAUCGGCAAUAGAACAUGGCAUUACCAUCCCGUGAUUA